AUGGCCAACGCCAAGGGCUCGUCCGCCGGCGCAGCAGGCCAUGGCGACCUCGGCAGGGCCAUUUCGCACGAGCAGCACUACCAGGCGUUCAUGGCUUCCGUGCGCCCGGGCGCCGCGAACGUGCACCAGCACCAGCACUUCCACCAGUACCCCGCCGGCCUGAUCCCAGCGCCGGUGGCAAUGCCGCCGGUUCACGUACCGGUGUCAUCACAGACCCCGUACUCCGCCCAGAUGAUCGUGGUGCCGCCGCCACAGCCGCUCAUCCCACCUCCAGACCACCGCAUGCACUCCCUGCCGCCUACCGGUUGCUACCAGGAUUAUUCUCCAUAUGGCAACACUGCAACCAUGAAUAUGCUCCAAACUCCUUCCUUUCACAGCAACCAUCAUGUCAAAGAGUCAGGUGCAGGGUUUUCAAAUAGCUUUAACAUGGCCCCAUCAGUGCCACCUACAUCCCCUUUUCAACUUAUGUCCCCAAGCUCAACCAACUACACUUCCACCCAAAUCUUCGAGGAAACCAACAAUUUAAAGGACACUUCAAGAGUCUUUGGAGGUUGGGAUAACGUAUGCAACAACAGUGAGGAACCGGAUCCCACUCCAGCUGUGGAGAUGGAAGACCUAAACCAGGGCAAUGGGCAUAUUAAUGUUACGAAUAAAAUAGCCAACUGUCAAGAUUACCAAAUGGUCUUGCGCAAGGACUUGACAAACAGUGAUGUUGGAAACAUUGGAAUAAUUGUGCUGCCAAAGAAGGAUGCUGAGCGUAACCUUCCAAUCUUGGAAUAUAACGAUGGCCUGAUACUGGAAAUGGACGAUUUUGAGCUCCCAGCUGUAUGGAAGUUUAAGUACAGGUACUGGACUAAUAAUAAUAGUAGGAUGUAUAUCUUGGAAACUAGAGGUGAAUUAUUUGUUAAGAGGCAUGGGCUUCAAGCUAGGGACAUCCUCAUCAUUUACAGGAAAUCUGGCAGAUAUGUUGCCCGUGCGGUGAAGGCUGAGGACAUACCAGCGCCAGAAUGCGAGUGCAUCAAGUCAGGCAUCCCCAGAGAAGAGUGCGGAUUCUCCUUCAGUCCUUUGAUCAGGAAGAGAUCAUAG